AUGAUAUUCAGAAACAAACUCCUCAGAGAUUUUACACUCUAUGAAUUGAAUGAGCCAGAGACACUGUCAUUCUACAUUGACCAUAUGGAUUUCCUAAUAGUGAACUAUCCUCGCCUUUCAGACAUUGAUUUGGUUACAGAAUACUUUACAGGAAACGACAUCUUUGCAGACCAAUUCAACAUAACCAAAUUCAUCAACCUAAUCAAUUCAACCGAUGAAUCUCAGCCAAAUACUACACUAAUUAAUCAAUACGAAAACAUCCUUACAGAAAACCCAGAAGAGCUAUUUGUAAGAAAUUACACAAAAACAAUUUUGCACUACUGUAACAGAAAAGCUGAUAAAACAACAAUCAAUACUGCACUAAAUGCACUGUUGAUAAAGUUAGAUGGAUUUGAAGUCAUCAACAUUAAUAACUACACAAUACAUAGAAUUGUACUCCAAACAUGCAGCAAAAUUAUUCUAAAGAACCUCAAACGAAUCAAUUUGACAAUUUUCAAAUUCACCAAUGACCUAUUAACAGCAAUGAUAGAUCAGAUUGAAGAAAGGGGAGAAUACGAUGAAGGUAUACUACACACAUUUUUAAACAAAAGAAGAGCAUUAUUCAUUGAUCAAUAUGUGAAGCUAAAAGAUCAAGCUACCAAAAGCCAUGAUAACAAUGACUAUGAUGUGUUUGAUGUCGCCGCUAACGACAUAACCAACCUGUACAAAAUAAUCAAAUUCAUCUACACUUACUCAGGGAUACAAGGAUCAUAUGUUAAUCUGAUGAUAGGAUACAAAAUAACUGAUGUUGAACUAUAUGAGCAGUAUUACCUGAGAAUAUUCGCACACGAAUUUGUCAAUUGUGUCAAUGCAAAUGUGGUAUCAUUGGAAUUCAUGAAUAAUCUAGCAAAGUUAGCAUUUGAAAAUGAAAACAACUCGUUUUUGUUAACGAGUUUGUUUAAGGUGUUUGGAAGACUUAGUUACAAGAGACUACGCGAGAUAAAAGUGAACGAAACCCUAUUUAUUGACAAAAUGAUAGAACAUCUCUACAUGCACACAUUGGAUAAUCUACGCAAGAAACCUAUUCAAAGCCACCUGUUUGGAUUUGUAAAAAAGCUAUGCGAACAUUUUGAAUCAGAAAUAGAUCAGAACAGCAAUGUAUUGGAAAACCUGAAAACCUUAGAAGAUGACAAAAUCGAGGAGUUUUUGAUGUUGAAGAUGGUCGAUAAGGUGUACUUGGGUAAUUUGUUUAAAAAGAAUUAG